AUGUCGGGCGUAACGGAGCACGUGAAUCGUCUUGCCAGCGCGUUCAAUCGCGCCAUGGCCGAUAUCGUAUCAUCGGAGCUGAAUGCCGACAUCAUUGAGCAUCUGAAGGUGAUGUCGACGAUCUUCACUGAAGCUUGCUCACUCGCCGAAAGUUGUGCAGCUGAAACGGAGACGAUGAGAAAAGAAAACGCGGCGCUCGGCGAGCAAUGCCUUAAGCUGAAAACGAAAAGCAGCGCCGUCGAUGAUGUCAUUCAGCAAAUUCAUUUGCUUCUAACCACAAAAGCCGCCCGCAACGCCGAUCGGAAUGCGAUUAUGAUAAUGGAAAAAUUAAAAGAAGACGUCGAAUUGAAUAUGCGAAAAAUUGAAAAAUAUCACAAAUAUAAAGAGAUGUAUGAAAUGGAAAAAUGUCGGGCGAAUCGAAUGCUCAAUCAUGUCAACGAGAUGUCGAAGCUUGUCGUCAUGCAGCGAAUCGGCUCGCGUUUCUUCGCGCGGGAAGUCGCCGCGUUGCGACAGAUGAUGGAUCUCGUGCGAAACGCGCGUUCGAUCGACGCGGCCGCAAAAGCGCACGUGUGGGACGAGAUCGAGGCCGAGAAUAUGGUGUUGCGUGUGAACACACUGUGGCUGAUUAACAGAAUCAACGGAAGCGAUCGCAAAGAUGCCGCCUACGAGAACGACGAGGAUGUGCACAGUCCGCCACGUGUUGUCAUUCUGUUGAGAUCCCAUCCACAUCAAGGUCUCGGAUUAGAGAUUACGGGUGGAAGUGAACAAUUUCGGCCGAUUAUUGUGACGGGAAAACUGAAAGGAUCGAUGGCGGAUGAUGAUGAGCUUCAUCUUGGUGAUCGUUUGAUAUCAGUUGACGGCACUUUCAUCACAAACACUACUACUCAUUCGGAGGCAAUGAAGCUGUUAGAAGAAGAGUCGACGAAAGACUAUCUGGCAUUGGUGGUGUCGGCAUUCAAUCCGUGGCUGUCGCAACAAAGUCAUCACGUAAUUGAUGAGCAAGAGAGCACACAAGGUGCUCACGAGUAG